AUACGCUGGUCCCCCAGUCAUUUGAAUAUAGAAAGCAACGAGACAGCGGACCGCCUCGCAGCCGCCGAAGCAAGAAACCUCUCUCGACAACAAGGCAAAGCGAACUCUCUAACGGUAUCGAGAAUUGGCUCCAUCAGGAAGCAACAGGUUGACAACGAGCACCCGCGCUGGUUGAACAACACGAACAGAAACUUGUCACAGGAUUACAGCCAGUGGCACUUCUUGUACAGCCCUACUCGCUCCCCAAAAGAACUCCUGCUAUCACAACCAUCCCUCGCCAAAUUGCUCGCUACCCGUACGGGAUACGGCGACUUUGCCUGA